CAUCCACGAGAGAGGAGUCUGCAGAAACACACUCAGGAUCAUCACCGGCUUUAUUUUGGCGGAGCCUGGGCACUUCCGGAAGUGGCGAUCUUAGUUUCCGAGGGGAGACUGAUAGUGAGUUCCUCACGGUCACAGGUUUGUGGGCUCUGCUUGCAUCUCCCGGCCCCUGUGUUUACCAGAGCCCUCCCUGACCCGUGUGGAGAGAUAUGUAGCUUUCGGAGCGCAGCUUGGCAGUUUAGGCCAGAGGUUCGCUCGGUUGCGCGCGACAAGGCGCCCUCUACAGGCGGUGCCCGAGGCUGAUGCAGCAGGAGGAGUGUGCGAACCUCACAGACACUGCGAGGCCCAGAGCUGGAAGAGAACGCAUUGGAGAGCAGCCCAGGCUGUGCCCUGGGCAGCGACUUUGUAAGCAAAGCAAAACUCCACGGUUUAGCUGUGUCCCGUGCUCUGUGCUCAGGAGAUAAACCUUUUCUGAGGUGUUGGCUCUGCUCUGCUCAUCCUUCUGAGAAGGCUCACUGUGCUGACAUCUCAGCAUCUUCUCCACUGGACCUUGUCACAGUUCUGAGAGUGUCCCAUUCUCCGCUGGCAGGAAAACUUCCUCAAAGACUCAGGGAAAGUGCCAGGCAGGCAUACCUGCCUCUUCUUGAUGCCGAGAUUUGAGACCCAGAAAUCUCCCAUGGCUCCUUAUCACAUCCGCCAGUACCAGGACAGCGAUUAUAAAACUGUCCUGGAUUUGUUCAUAAGUGGCAUGGAGGAGCACAUCCCUGCCACCUUUCGCCACAUGCUGACGCUACCCCGAACCCUCCUGCUAUUACUUGGGGUGUCGCUUGCCAUGGUCCUGGUGUCUGGCUCCUGGCUGCUAGCCGCUAUGAGCAUCUUCUUUGUGCUCCUUCUGCUGAAGCUCCUUGCCAGACAGCCAUGGAAGGAGUAUGUGGCCAAGUGUUUGCACACAGACAUGGCUGACAUCACCAAGUCCUACAUGAAUGCCCGUGGCUGCUUUUGGGUAGCUAAGUCUGGGGGAGAGUUGGUGGGCAUCGUGGGCUGUCUACCAGUCAAGGAUCCCCCAUUAGGGAGGAAGCAGCUGGAGCUCUUUCACCUGUCUGUGUCCUCACAGCAUCGAGGUCAGGGGAUUGCGAAAGCACUGAUCAGAACUGUCCUCCAGUUUGCACGGGAUCAGGGCUUCAGUGAUGUUGUCCUCGAGACCAGCGUCUUGCAGCAAGGUGCUGAGGCCCUCUAUGUGAGCAUGGGCUUCCGGAGGACAGGACAGUACUUCAUGAGUGUGUUCUGGAGGUUUGUGGAUAUUCUUACAAUUCAAUUAAAGCAUCCCCUGCCUUCUGCCUAGGAAGUGGGGCUGAGAUCUAUGGUCCUGUGCAGCAAGCAGGUCCCCUCCACUCUGCAGGAACCAGUGAAUCCUGUCAUGUCAGAGUAAUGAACAAUAAAAGCUUCUUGCCGUUGCAUACCAGA